AUGGUCGGACUCGGUCAGGGCGGGCUUGUAGUAGCCGCCCUUCGAUGGCCGUUGGUCGUUGAACUGACGGUUGAGGCGAGGAAUCUCCAGAGGAAGGAAGCCCGUUCCGCUGGAGAAGCCUGGGCCGGACUCAAGGCGGUGUGGUCAAUCCGCCCCAAGCUGUGGAAGACCCAGUCAGGGCACUCGGAGGUAGCCGAGGCGUGCCCAGACCUGGCUCAACACUUCCCUGAACCGCCGCUCCGCGGAUUCGGCGUCGUGGGAAAGACCGCCGCGGCUGGAGAAGUCCUUAAAGCCCUUCGCUUGGAUGCUGCUAGGAGCAUCGAGGACUCCAGCAUCCGGGGCAUGCUCGACGAGCCGUCCCGAGAGCUGUGGGACCAUGAUGGCACUUGCGUAUGCGGCAAGCGGACUUACUCGUUUUCCCGCUGUCCGUCGUGUAUCGCUCUCGAUACAGCGGUCGAAAUCAGCGAGCGGGCCGAACCGGAGGCCGCAGCUGAUCUGGAUCAAGAGAGCCAGGAAGUUUCCUUGGAAGUAGGAGCUCUAGUUGCCGCAACCUCCGGUGCUGGGGGCGCGCAGGACGUUCUCCGAGCUGCUUUGCAGUUCGAGCCAGUCUCUGACUGGGCUCGCGGGCAGUUUCAGCAGUUCCAGGAGCUCUCGGCUGCCGUCCGAGCUCACUGGGAUAAGUCCUCAGAAGCGCGGGCGCGCCUAGCUAAUAGGCAUCGUCGCGCUGUGGACCUGAAACCGGGGGACCGAGUGGUGUGGAAUGCACCCAAGGCCCGCUCAGAGGGGGCGGGUCGGGUUUUCUGGAAGCCUGGUCUGACCGGCCCUUGGCGCGUA